CCAUAUCCUAUGGUGUCUCACCUGUACUGGAUUUACGGAAUGUAAAUAAAUUCAAUUCAAUUCAAUUCAAUGUAGAAUGUGGCAGAUUGAGUUUGAGGACCUUAAAUAUAUUUACAUUAUAGCUAGGUAACUGGGAUUCAAAUCCUGGAAGGGGCAGAACUAUUUCUCUCUAUUACUAUAUUCAGACUGGUUCUAGGCCCUGCCUAUACUUCUGUCCAGUGGUUGUUCCCUUGUUGUGAAACAGCCACUAUCUGAAGCUGACCACUCAGCAAAGCGAAAACUGCAUGGAGUUUUACCUCAUCCUCAGAUGUCUUCAGGACAGGUUCAACUUUGUUAUUUGUUUACUUUCAAGAUUUGCGAGUUCAGUUUAACAGAGUGCCUGGGAGGAUUAACAUUUCUUUCACUCCAAAGAAGAUUUAAAGAAAGUUCUUUGGAAAAAUUAGAGGAUAAAGGUUAGGGGUAUAUAGUUGGAGUGAUGUAAGUCCAUUUAUUGAAGAAAAAUACACUACUGGGUGAUGGGGUGGAGUGCUCAUGUGUAGUUGAUUGAAUAGUGAAUGAAGGGGACCUGGAAAUGAUAGUAUUAAGGUAGUGUAGCUCAGGGUUAUAUUCUUACAGUGUAGAAACUUGCUUAAGGUUGUACUGUUUCAUUGACGUGAAUCUGUGUUAUUGUGUCUUAUCUUAUCUUUAUAAAUAUACUUUGAUCAUGUGUUGUUAAAUUCUGAAUAGAUAAAGUCAGAAUUAUGAGCAUUUUAUAUGUCUUUGUUCUUCAUAUCCAUGCACUUCAGUUCCUAAACAGGGGUCCUGCGAUUAUACAUUGUUCCUUGCUUCUUAUUCCACUCACAUCGAGGACAGCACUACGUCUGUUGAGGUGAAACAUCAAUUUAAAGUCCAUUGCGAUGGAAAUUUGGCUGAAGCUAUCCAUUCUUCUCUGUGUAUUUGGUUUUGUGAAGGAGUUCCGUCCAUCUGAGCCAUUUGUUACACCAUAUCUUACAGAAGAAGGGAAAAAUUUUACAGAUCAGGAUAUUGAAGUCAUAUUCUCUACUGGGACAUAUGCAUAUCUUGUGGAGAUCAUAUUUGUGUUUUUAGUGACUGAUUUAUUUCGUUACAAACCUGUGAUUGUUCUGGAUGGUGUUUUUGCAAUCAUAACAUGGAGCUUGCUUAUUUGGGGGAAGAGUAUUCUACAAAUGCAGGUAAUGGAGGUGUUCUAUGCAUUUUUCUUGGCAGCAGAGGUUGCAUAUUAUACAUAUAUAUAUGCCCAAGUAGACAGAGAACACUAUCAGAAGGUGACCAGUCACACAAGAGCUGCAUAUCUGUUUGGACGUGCCUUGUCUGGUAUUGUUUCCCAAACUCUAGUGUCAACUGGUACAUUGAACUAUUACCAGCUUAAUUUCAUUUCUUUUGCAGCUGUGAUUUCAGCCACAGUCUGGGCAUUGUUUCUUCCACCUGUAAAGCACAGCAUCUAUUUCAAUCGAACAAAUAUUGACAGACAAGAUGUAAUUACUGGUAAUGAACACCAUGGAGUUAUCAUAGAGGACUCAGUUUCAAAAGUACCUUCACCUGAAUUAUCACAGAAUGCUUAUGCUGAGACUCAUGAAUCUAUGCCGCACUCUGUUGAAACACAUGACACCAGCAGGUUACAGAAUGUCCAGAAAGGACUUACGAAUCGCUGGAAAAUUGCAUAUUACUAUCUAUGGAAGGAUUUCACUAGUGCCUACACUAACACUUAUGUGGUCAAAUGGUCUUGCUGGUGGGCACUUGCAACUUGUGGAUUCUUACAGGUUCUUAAUUAUAUCCAGUUGGUAUGGGAAUUAAUCAUUACUGAAAACAAUAUGGACAGUAAUACUGAACUUUACCAUGGAGCAGUAGAAGCUAUAUACACAGUAAUUGGAGCAACAGCAUCUUUAGGUUGUGGAUGGCUACGCCUGAACUGGCAAAUGGUGGGUGAGGCUACUUUAGCAAUUUGCUCACUUAUAGAAGGGACUUUACUCAUUGUAUCAACCAUGGCCAACUCUUUGCCAGCUGCGUAUACAUACUAUAUCUUAUUUGGAAUCAUCUUCCAUACCAUGAUUACUGUUGCCAAUACUGAAAUUGCAGAACACUUGAAUGAAAACAGCUAUGGCCUUAUCUUCGGUGUGAACACUUUCUUGGCUCUGGUAUUCCAGUCCAUUUUAACAGUAAUUGUUGUUGAUGAAAGGGUUCUGGCCCUUGAUACACGUACUCAGUUUCUGGUGUAUGGUGGAUAUUACAUGGUGCUUGGGAUUUUAUUUGGAUGCAUGUCUGUAUUCACACUGUGCAAAAAGGAGAUACGUGGACAAAAACUGUGGUUGCCAAAGGAGACAGAGUAAACAGCUAAGUCUUCAGUAAUCUGAAAUCUUUAACAGUGAAGUAAGAAAAAUGACAGGCUCUUGUGUACAUUAGAUUAACAAUUAUUGAAUGAAAUUUUGGCUUCUUUAACAGUAUUAAGACUAAUGCUGAUCCACUAACCAUCUGUUGUACUAUUACUCAAAAUAUACCUGCAUGUGUGUUUCUUC